AUGGACUUCGUGGCCCACACGGCCCACCGGCAGUUCCUGGGCCUGCUGGCGGGCUGCCUGGCGUGGAUCGUCACCAUGGCGACGGCGGGCAUGGACGAGUGGCGCCUGUGGCAGGUGGAGGACGUGUCGGUGGUCACGUCGGGCGUGGCCUGGGUGGGCAUCUGGCGGGCGUGCUUCCACAGCCACGCCCUCCCGCAGGCGGAGCGCUGCCAGAGGAUGGGCGUGUCCGAGGCCUUCGUGCCGGCGGAGGUGAAGGCGGCGCAGGUGUUGAUGCUGCUGGCGGCGCUGGGCGGCCUGGCGGCCAACGUGGGCGGCGGCCUGGCGCUGAGGCGCGUCUACUUCUCGGUGGAGGAGCGCGGGAACGUGCGGCCGCUCUUCCUGCUGGCGGGGAGCCUCUUCGUGCUGACGGCGGCCGUCACCUCGGUGCCGCUGCUCUGGAACCUGACCUCAGUCCUCAACGGCGCCACCAUCCGCUUCCCUCCGCACUUCCUGCUGCCCGCCGCCCCCGCCAGCCAGCGGGUGGGCGCGGCCGUGGGCGUGGGCUUCUUCGGCGCCAUCCUGAUGCUGCUCAGCGGGACAUCGUUCCUGUGCUACCGCGCACCUGAAGGCACGCCCCCCGGCCUCUGGACGCCACCUGCGGAAGGUUCUGGAAGAGCAGAGAACUUUGAAGGCAGGAAUAAUCCAUCUUUCCACGCGUUAUAA